AUCAACCUGUCCGCCGUUUUGAGGUUCUAGGUCGUUCGCCACGCAUUCUCCUUGAUAUCUUAGAUUAAACUUUGUUUACCAUUUGAGUGUUUGAAAUAAUUGAUCUCGUUCUUAUAUUAUUACAAAAUUCAACACUUAUAUUAAUGCUCGUAGUCCUCUCCUAAAACAUGAUCUAUAGUGUCUGAUUUUCAAAUGCAGUGAAUCCUUAGUAUUUAUAUAUUAACAACUGUAUAAAAAUUAUACAUACAAGUAGAAACAUGUAUUACUUGAAUUGCCUCAACUUUCUACCCACAUACAACGUAUUCAAGUGGCUUAACGAGCCAAGUUAUGUUUGGAAGAUAGUUUUCCUUUGUUGUUUGGCGAACUUCAUUAACGCAGCUGAUCGAGUUAUCAUGCCUAUUGUUAUAAUUCCCAUAUCGAAUCACUUUGGCUGGAAUCUUCACCAAUAUGGAUUAGUUCUGAGUUCGUUUUCUGUAGGCUAUCUUGGAAGUAUGAUUAUAGGUGAAAGAGCAGCAAGACGAUAUGGUGGAGGUCUGAUCCUUAGUUGUGCCAUCGCAUUCUGGUCAUUGUCAUCCCUCCUCACUCCAUUCUUUGCUCACUCUAUUCGCUCUUUGAUAACUGUGCGUAUACUACUUGGCUUAAGAGAAGGAAUAGGUCUUCCUACGGUAUUCCACAUAUUUUCUUAUGUUGUGCCUGUUGAAGAACGCAGUCGAUCUUUCAGUUAUAUGGUCACAUUUGGUGCUGUUGGUCAAACAGUAGCUACCUUGGUUUGCCCUCAUUUAAUUUGGUCUCAUUCGUUUUUCAUAUUUGGUUUUAUUGGUCUUGUGUGGAUUUGUUUCUGGAUCCCCGUCUUUAACGUUGUUAGAAGAGCUGAGUCACGAAUUGAGUUGCCUGCUCAACAAUCUCAGCCUUCCAAACCGUCUCUUCGUUGGACUGAAUUCGUUUCACACUGGCCAUUAUGGGCAAUUUACAUUGCUCAUUUCAGUAUGAACUGGUCAAAUUAUAUUGUAAUGCUAUGGUUACCGACCUACUUAGUCCGUUAUUUGGGAGCUACUGAAUAUGCCAUAAUGCUAACAGCUAUACCUUAUAUAUGUAAUUGUAUUGGGAGUGUUAUCGCCGGACGGCUAGCGAAUUACUUAACUAAACGGCAGUUCACUGUACUAACUGUUCGACGCUUAAUGUCAUCUAUUGGUCUUCUUGGUCCAGGUGUGGUACUUUUUUUGUUUUCCCUAUCAAGCAGUGUAACAUCAGCUAUUGUGCAUGUAACGUACGUCCAUAAUUUUCUUUCGAUUCCACCCAAAAUUCCCUGCACUAGUUGCAACGAACUACCACAUGAUUGGUUGUACUCUUCGGAAAUGUUGUGCUUUCCCAAAGUUAUUAAAUUAUUUUCGUUUGCACAGUCCAUGUAAUGCUGUCACUUAGUAUCUGCUAUCCAUGUAUCGUGCUCAUCAGAUAUUAUAUAUAAUUUGGUACUAACAGUCAUAUCAAUUUUGUCUAUAUAUAUUCAAUGUAAAAGUUAAAAACAUUUAGUUUUACUCAUAGCAUCACUUAUGACUAUUUCUUAUACAUUCUUAGUUUCCAUUGAAAUUUAUGGCUACUUGUUACAGGUUCUGUUCUUCUCUGCUAAAUAUGCUCAAAAAGUAUAGUUUUGUUUCAGGGAAACAUAUAGUGGUUAGAACUGUUUUGUUAGUCAACAAAAAUCAACGUUGAAGAGUUCCACAAAUUAUCGGGUUUUUUGUAGAAACAGUGAAAGGAACAAUGGUAAAUAGUAAAAGGUUAGGUUGAAGUAAAACUAAGGGACGAGCUAACGUAUAACUUUGCGCCACUUAAGUUAAUUUUGAGGUACGCUUAAGUCUUCCUGCAUGGAAUAAUAAUUUGUUUUAGCUUGAAUUUUCUGAUGCUUCCUGGCACAUUCCUACUCAAAAAAAAACACUAGAAACUUUUAUUUUAGAUAGGUGGUUGUGGGUUAUGACCUGCUAUCGAACUAUAUCGAUGUCUAAAGGCUUGCAGCUCCACGAAUUUAUCAUCUUUACCUAAAGCAGUGUGACUCUUUUCAUCACUGUGUAACCAAAAAUUUCGCCACAACGGUAUUGAUGUUAAAAUAUCGCUAGUUCAGAUACUUACAGUAUUCUGAUUUCAUUUAUAUUCUUUGACCACAUCGUAUUACCUUUCAGGGCAGUUUUCGCUAUUCAUCUAUGCAUUUCAUUUUGCCUCUGCUUCUAAAGUUGGCGUAAUCUGUUGACUAUCAAACGAUCUCUGUGUCCUCUUGUCUGAGCCAUGUUGGCAGUUGCAGACUACUUGGUUGGGGUCCGCGUGACUAUCGUAACCAAUAGUUGGAGACUGUUGGUGACAUGGCUCAGAAUCGAUUACAAUGGCGUCGGUGUAUACACUCUCUGUCUUCUCUUAAACUAAGAGAUUAAAAUCGCUUAAUAUCUUUCUUUCUACGAACUAAUUCUUUCUUCCUGUACUAUAUCCUUAUUGCAAUCUUUCUUUUAUAUAUUACCACCUUUGAAUUAACUACUUUUAUGAAUCCGGUGUCCAUCUUGUUGUGUAAAUGAGGUAUGGCAACUUGGACCGAUGCAUAUAUGUGCCUGGUCCUACGUUGUAGCUGACUGACUGAACUCUUAUCAAAGUGUCAAUGGAAUUCAUUUUCACUGCGACACUCCAAACUACUUGUCCGAAUAAGUCACUUUCAAAAUCAAUUCUUCACUUCAUAAUCCUUUAUGGCUCCUUUAUAGGUAGCCUGAAUAUUUUCUUAAGGUUGAUGGCGAUUAUCCACUAAUAGCUAUAACGUUGUUCUUUUUUGAAGGGGACGUUAACAUUCAUUUUCGAGUAGCACUUGGUGAAACUUAGCAAUGAUGUUAUUUUCUGCAAUUAUCCAAGGGGAAAUGCAAAUUCUUCAAGUAUGGCGUAACUUGUGUCCAAAUGCAUUAUGGGAAAUAAGCGAAUUUUUGCAAUGCGAUACUCUGGACACCAGGUUUUUAAUUGAGAUUUAAUCUAUGUAGAAGCCAAUGAAGUGUGUUUCAUUCAAAAAGUGAAGAUGACCAGUCAAAUUCAAGCUGGGCGGAAUGGGUUAUUUGUAUUUAUAGGAAAAUCGUCGUUCAUGAGGUUGUAAUGAAGCGUGAUGACAUUAUAGUUAAAACAUCUGAUCCGAAAGACUCCAUGAUGGAGAAAUUUUAUUACAAUUCUGACACUAACAUGCAAUCACAUAUGCGUAACCCUACAGUCAUUUAGUUUUCAUCGGAAUAUGUGAAUUUGAUACAACGAUAAAAAAAAUAAGCCUGAUUUCUGUGUCUAUGACAUUUUCCGCCUUCAAUUCUGCUGGACAUUUAUGUAAUCAUGUAGAGGUUGCACCUAAUCAUGCAGGCACCACAUUUAUCAUAAGCAAUAUUUUGGCUACUAUACCUGGAAUAGUAUGUGGUCCACUGACUGCCGAAUUAGUUAUCACAUCUGGUGGAAGGUGGUUUCCUGUAUUCAUACUAGCUGGUUUUAUAAAUGUAGUUGGUGCUGUUGUGUACAUUAGCCAGAGUUCUACAACGCAAGUAUUGUAAUCAUGCGAAUAACGUGUACAGAUGUCCAUGUACAUUCACUUUUUUUAUUCUUCUAGCUUUGUAUCUGACUAUUUUCCUACCCAAGUCUAUAAUUUCUCUCCUUACUUAAUUAAUUUAUCAUGAACUGUGCCUUCAACUUUCUGUUUGACGAAAUUCGUUGUCAAAUUUACGUAUCAACCAUCCAUGGUAUCUUCGCAAAGAUAUAGCCAAGAUUUAUCUAUUGAAUUUAUUCGGUUAAAAUUAUUCACCCUUUACUAUAAUGAAAUCACAAUGUUUCGUUAUAAAUUAGUGAAUCGAUAAAUAAUUGUUACUUAUCCCUUGUUUUUAACAAAUAAUACUGAGUGUUAAAAAUGACUUAAUACAGUCAGUCAGUAACAACGUAGAACUUCGUACGUACGUACAUCAGUUCGAGUUGCCACACCACAUUAGCACAGAGAUGCAGUUGUCGAUUCAAAUCCUGUAGUGGUAGAGGUAAUAAGAGUAUAAGCAGUAAUCGGGAAGAUUAGGGUUUGAAGAUAUUAUUCAAGGAGUAUAAUCCAGUG